UUCUUUCUUUCAUUCUCUUCAACCAACUCCGAUCUCUUUUAUGUCCAAAAACCCACUACGUAAACCAAAUCUCUCUUCACCUGCGACUGCUCUACACCAAACUCUCAAGCUCCGGUUAUCUUCAGACUCUUGAAACUUUUCCCGAUAUUAUGAACAUUGGUGGUAUGGAUGAUGGAGACAAUGAGCAAUUCAAGUAGGACUACGUCGUUCAGCCCGACUACAUCAUUCAAUAGGAGCACAUCAUUCAAUAGAAGUACAUCAUUCAAAUCAAGAACCCCGACUGUAGCAAGCCCAACCGUCAGUCAACCUAGCUGGGUGUCGCGGGUUAGUCCAUUUAGCUGGGUCUCGCGUUGGUUUCACACACUCAUAGUGAUUUUCACAUUCAUUUCGUUUCUCAUUGCCGUUUAUGGGGGUUAUCUAUAUGUGAUGCCAAGUCUCAACCUGACUUUUCAUGGUUAUGGUGUUUUGGAACCUGCUCAGUCGAUAAGCAGUUGCAAUAUGUUUGAUGGAAGUUGGGUUGUUGAUGAUAAUUACCCAUUGUACAAUGCUACAGAGUGUCCCUUUGUGGAGCAGGGGUUCAAUUGUUUGGCUAAUGGUCGAAGAGAUGAGGAUUAUCUGAAAUAUAGGUGGAAACCCAAUAAUUGUGAUAUACCAAGAUUUAAUGUGCAGGGUAUAUUGGACAAGCUUAGAGGAAAAAGAGUUGUUUUUGUGGGGGAUUCUAUGAGUAGAACACAGUGGGAGUCACUAAUUUGCUUGCUCAUGACUGGGGUGGAGGAUAAGAAGAGUGUCUAUGAAGUCAACGGGAAUAAGAUUACGAAACAGAUCAGAUAUUUGGGUGUUCGCUUCAGUUCCUUCAAUUUUACUGUCGAGUUCUUUCGAUCAGUUUUCCUGGUUCAACAGGGUUGGAUGCCUAGACAUGCUCCAAAGAGGGUCAAGUCUAUACUAAAGUUGGACAAGUUAGAUGACAUUAGCAAUCAGUGGAUUAAUUCAGAUAUUCUGAUAUUCAACACGGGACAGUGGUGGGUUCCAGGAAAACUCUUUGACACGGGUUGCUAUUUCCAGGUUGGAAACUCACUAAAGCUUGGAUUGUCAAUUCCUACUGCAUUUAGAACAGCACUGGAUACUUGGGCAGCUUGGGUUGAGGAAAAGAUCACCACUAACAGAACUCAUGUCUUUUUUCGGACUUUUGAGCCCUCUCACUGGAGUGAUCCAACUCGUAGAUUUUGCAAUGUGACCGAUCACCCCAUGUUAGACACCAGAGGUAGGGACAGAAGCAUAUUUUCAGACACUGUACAUGAGGUGGUCAAGAAUAUGACAGUUCCUGUAGCCGUUCUUCAUGUGACUUCCAUGUCAUCUUUCCGAAGUGAUGCACAUGUCGGUAACUGGAGCGAUAAACCAUCUGUUCCUGAUUGUAGCCACUGGUGUCUUCCAGGAUUACCUGAUGUAUGGAAUGAAAUCAUCCUCUUUUACCUGUUUAAUGACAAAGGGCUUCCUUUUCUAGAGGGAUUCGAGCCUUGGCAUUCUGGUGGAUAGGGUGAGGUUGGAAUAAAACCUAGGUUCACAGCUUAAUAACAAAGAUGAUGAAAAAAUGGAGUCUUUCUGAAGCUGAAACUUUUAGUUUUAUUCAUCUGAACGUACAGGACUUACAAUACUUCUACAUUCGUCUCAUCCUCUAAAGACAGUGUCACUGGGUUCUCUAAACAAUAUGGAGAGAAUUACACCUACUCAACAGUUUUGUAGCAAGAUCUCACACUAGUGUUUUUCUAUUUUUUGUUUUAUUUUUAUUUUAUUUUAUAUGAAUUGCAUUCUUUCUGGGUUCUUUUGUAUUUUUUGAGGGACUAAACUGGGUCUCUGAGAUGUAACAGUUUUGUUUGUUGUGAUUCAAAUACGAUCUGUUCUCCACAGAAGUGUAGGGGAAAUAUGCAAUGAAAUCAAAGAUUUCGUCAUUUGAAGA